UUGUGUGGCGGAGUUUGUUGCUGCUGCUGCUGUUUCCACCCGGCGGUGCUUCUCCGCUCACUUCAGAUAACGCUCCUGUGGAGGAUUGCGGCGCAUAAUUCCCCUCAUCGUGGCUGUUGUCAGUAUUUGGUUGUUUUUGGACGAGGACGGUCAUUCGUCCAGCUUUGACUGUAAACAUUAAUGUGCCUUUGGGUCUGAGAGCCGUCAGAUCCAAUGGCCGCCUCCAGUGCCUCAGCCACUGCCACCGUGCCUACAGGGUUUCAUUAUGAAACCAAAUACGUUCUGCUAAACUACCUGAGAAUGCUGCCUGCCAAAAGAUCCCGCACUCCGACCACAGAACAAGGAGAAACCCAGAAAGAGCAGGAGAGGAGAAGAAUGAAGGAGCAGAUAGAGGAAGAGCUGAAACAUCUGGAGGAGGAAAUGUCCGCCUCCUUUUCCAGCACAGGUUUGGACCACCGGCAGUCCUCUGUGUUCUCUCCACCAAACCCAGAGAGCUCAGUAGAAGACGGCCUCGCGUCCAUCGGAGACAGGGUGGCCCUGGAUCUGGGUCCAGACCUCUCAGCAGCCGUAGAAACACUCCUCGCAGGACCUUUGGACUAUCAGAGUUUUCACAGCACAACAGUGGAUCUGAGCAAACACACCCCAGAAGGCUGGAACAAAGUCUUGGUGCCUCUGGUGCUGCUUCAGGCUCUACAGAGUGAGGGGAAGCCUUUGGCCACUCUGCUGCAGUUGGGUCUGCGCUGCCUGGAGGAAGACCAGGCUCACUUCAUUAUCCAGCAAGGAGGAUGGGGUAAGCUGCUGGGCCUUGUGCAGGAGGAGGAGCCGACGGGGCCAAUUGCAGACGACAGCAACGACAUCUACAUCCUGUCAGAGGAUCAGCAGCCUGACCAGCCCAGCCCGCCGUCCUCGCUGCUCUGCACAGGAGACGACAGCGAGCAGAGCUCCUGGCAGACGGAAAGUUUAGCCGUGUCCUGGGCACAGGUUGGAGCGAUGGACCCCGAAGAUAUCAAGAGCCUGGACAGCAACGAGGGCGCGGCCCUGGCUGAGGAGCGCAGCGAAAACAACUCCUCCAACUCGGACAUCGUCCACGUCGAACGCGAGGAGGCUGAGCUGCUGGAGGAAGGCGGCGACGCCGCAGCGAUAGAUGAAAGCAUGAUGAGCGUGCUGGGCACUGAGAGCGACCUGGCGGCACUCAGGGCCGAGUUCGGGACGGUCUCCACACCUCCUGCAUCCCUAAUGUCAUUAGAGGAGCCGGUCAUCAUCGAGACGCCCAUCAGUUCUGCAGAGCCUUCCCACCUCUCCGCAGAACCAGAGCUGCUCCAUCCCACUCCAGACCCGGUUGCUCUCCCUCAGACAGAGCCCCAACCUGGACCUGAAGCUCCUCCCGCUGUUCCUGCAGUAGAACCAGAACCUGAGCCAGAACCCAAUGCUGCCUCCAUGCCUGUUGAGGUGGAAACUACAGGUCAAGUCAAGGAAAUCUUACCAGCACCAGCAGAGCCAGAAACCUCAGCAGAACCAGCUUCUAAACCAAAGCAGGAAAUGGAGCCAGCCACAGUUCCUCAGCCGCCAGAACCAGAGACUGUGGCAGAGCCCCAUUCCACAGAGGCCCCCGCUCCUGAACCCCCAGCCCAGGAGAUCCCAGUAGUAGCCCCAUUAACAUAUGAGAUGAUGCUACCUGUGUGCACAACUCUAGAAGCUCCUGAGGCCCCUGAAGAAACCCCACUGGUCCUUAAAGAGGAUUUAGCUGAGGAGGUCCCAGAGCAACCAGAAGCAGCAGAAGAGUGCCCAGUGCUGCUUUAUGGAGGAGCUGUGCUGGUGCUUCUUGCUGCUAUAGCCUGCAGCCUUGUAUUACUCAGAGGGAGGUAGAGCAUCCUGUAGGAAGGAAAACCCCUCAGUGUAAAGAAAUAUUUUAUUAUAGACGUCAGAAGGUCCUUCAGUGUGUGCUGGAUAUAUAUGAUUAGUUGAUCCUCGAGGUUUCAACCCUGAAGGUCUGUAAGCAAAGCAAAAUCCUCUAUGGUGGUGCUGCAGUUCGAUCCGGUCCAAACGCUCCCCUCUCUCUGCUCUGAUAGGAUCCUCACUCCAACCUCAGAUGUGUUUGGAUCUCCGUUCGGACUUCCUGUCAGUUACAUGCUGUUUUUCUCCUGUUUGGCUUUUAGUUUCACAUGAAAUUAAUCUGAAAAUUUCAGCGGCAAAUCCUCAGAUUUAAUUUUCUACUUUGAUGAUAAAUUCUGAAACAUGUUAUGUUGAGGUGGACCCAUUCAAAGACCAUCUGUUAUAAAAGGAAUUUCUGACAUGUUCUGCUCUACAUGCAACAUGUUUUUUAUUUUCUUCUAAAUAAAAUAUUUGUUUUUCUUCCCCAUAAAGAUGAAUUAGAUUUUUUAUUGCUGCAUUCAUUCCAAUCCUCUGAUGUUGCGUACCAGAGUUGGUUUGAUGAAUUUAAAACGCUGCUGUGUUGUUUACAGUAUUUAAUGUAUCAACCCCAGAAAUUCUCCAACAUUUAAGGGUGGGGUGAAAACUGGAAAGUACGGUUCAGUUGGAUGUGUUUACUCUGUAGAUGGUCUAUUAGUCAGAAUAAGUUCUGCUGCAGGUUCUACCUGGGAGCAGCUGCAGAAACCGGUUCUCUGGAACCCAUAGAGGUUCUUGAGAAGCUUGUGGGGAAGCUUCAACUUCCUGAGGAAGUACGUCUAUGUUGGGCUUGAAAAAGUUGAACAGAAGGCUGAUCUGCCUUUGAAGCUUUAAACCCAGUGGACCAAAACCAGUACUGGAAUAUUCACACAAAACCACAGCUGAGUGCAUUCUGUCCCCUUGAUUAGUAUUUGAAUUUAAGUUUUCACCAAAAAUGUAUAUAUAUAUAUAUUUUUAAAUACCUUUUAGCAGCAGUACAUUUUCC